CCUCUCAUAUUGGACUUUCAAUUUGAUAAUGCUGUGAUGUUGUGCAGGUGGAGGCAGUUGUGCAGUAAAGCCGACAUAUAAGUUCUUCAUUUGCCAGUUUUGAGGACAUUUUCCUCUGUGUUUGACAAAAUGCCGGUACCGACAGAGAUUUCCACACAAGAUGCAUUGAAGAUAAUUGCAAAGUCUUUGGAUGUCAGUGGACAUGCUGAUCUGUUUGAAAGUGAGCGGGAUGUGCAGUUUUUGAAAAAUGUUCUUUCUGAUGCAACUCUGGGCACAUUGGCAGAGGCCUAUGAUGUUUUGGAAAAUCCUAGAGAGGAUGAGGAUGAAAGAAACAAUAUAGAGCUUUGCAAGGAGAUUUUGACAAAUUUUGAUCCAUUGGCACACAAAGAUGACAGGGUGAAUGAGCUCUUCAAGAUAAUGGAAGGACCUCAUUUCCGGAGCUUAGUUGAGGCUCACGAUAAUAUUUUGUUCCGAACAUACAAGCCAGAAGCGACACCUGCAGGAAGUGCAGCCACUGAUCAAAUUAUUGCUAAAGAACCAAUUGUACGGAUAAUAGGACUUUGCAAAACAUCAAGUGAACCAUUAGGGAUUACAUUGGCUGUUGAUGAUGAAAUGAAUGUUUACAUAGCAAGAAUUCUUCAUGGCAGUUUGAUUGACAAGCAAGGCCUGCUACAUGUAGGUGAUGUCAUAAAGCAAGUCAAUGGUGAAAAAGUGAAAGGAGAUCCUGAUGCAAUUCUAGCAAUUCUUAAAAACGCAAGUGGUAACAUAACUUUGCAUAUAAUACCAAGCUAUCGUGAUAACCAAGGAGUUUGUCAGAUAUACGUGAAAACACAUUUUGAUUACGAUGCGACAAAGGAUAAGGAGGUUCCGUGCAAUGAUGUUGGCCUGUCGUUUAGGAAAGGAGACAUAUUAGCAAUCGUUGAUCAAUCUGAUGCCAACUGGUGGCAGGCGCGUACAUACGAAGGUGGCAAAACUGGACUUAUUCCAAGCCAAAUGCUCGAAGAAAGUCGAAGAACGCAAAUAACACCUCAACACAAAUCUUCAAGAAUUAUAAGAUGUGGAGGAUCUCGAAGUAAAAAGAGAAAAAUGAUGUAUUCAGCCAAGAAAAAUGCAGCAUUUGACCGCCUCAAUGUCCCGAUUUAUGAGGAAGUAGCGAAGAUGCCACCGUUUGAACGGAAGACUCUCGUCCUAAUAGGUGCCCCAAGAGUUGGUCGAAGGACUCUUAAGAAUAAAUUGCUUACCGACACAGAAGUCUUUGGGACCACUGUUCCACAUACAAGCAGGCAGAAAAAAGCUGGAGAGGAGAACGGCAAGGGAUACAUUUUUGUUUCAAGAGCUGAAAUGCAGAAAGAUAUUGACGAGGGGAAGUUUGUUGAGUGGGGAGAAUAUGAAGAGCACCUUUAUGGAACGAAAAUUGACUCUAUACGAAACGUAAUGCGCACUGGCAAAAUGUGUAUCUUGGAUUUGAACCCGACUGCGCUGAAAGUUUUAAAAACUGCAGAAUUCAUGCCUUAUGUGGUUUUCGUAGCCUCGCCUAGCUUCGAAUUUUUGAAAAGAAGGAACACAACAAGUUACUCUGGAAAGAUGUUCACGGACGAAGAACUGCUUGAAACUGUUGAAGAAAGCCAGCAACUUUACGACUUAUACUCGCAUUACUUCGACCUCACAAUCAUAAACGAGGACUUUGAGAAAACGUACAAGAAGCUAAGGGACUCGAUUCAAACACUCAGCACAGACGCUCAGUGGGUGCCAGUCAACUGGGUCUACUGAUUUGAGAACUGUUUCUUUAAACGUACGUCUUCUUUGUCUAGAUUUAGAUAUAAUAGGUUUAUAUGUUAAAGAUCAGAUAUAUGUACUGUCCAAAGGAUUUCGUUGCUUUUGUGGAAAGCAAGUAGGUUUUAGUUUUGAGUGAGUAAUGUGUCAACUGCACGGCUUGAUACUCAUAGAUUAAGAUUUUAGAGUGAGUCCAAGCAGUGCCCCGUCUUGUCACUUUUGCUAGGGGCGAGUAAGCAAAGCUUGGAAUCUUUGGGUCGAUCCUUCUAGCGAAGUUAUUGGAAACAAUAGAAUGUUGGACGCCCAAAGCCCAGCUUAUUUUUUUGCAAGGGAGGUUUCCAAACCAUGGGUUGAUCUGUGAGGGGGGGGGGAUGAGCAGCUGUCUUGAUACUGACUUUUUAGACUCUUGCUAAAGUAAUUAUCGGUUUCAUGCCAUCAAUGGUAGCUGUUCAGUUAAUGGUAGCUAUUCUAUCAAUGGUAGCCAUUUGUAUUUUUCAUUAUUUGUAACCGCUUCAAGAUUGUAUUCCAGCCAAUCUGGAUUUCAAUUUAAUACUUAUUACGUAACCUCUGUAUAUUGAUUCGUCAAUCCCAUUAACAGAUGCCUUCACGGUUAAAGCAUCUACUUCGUUUGUGUAUAAUUUGCCCGUAGACUGUUUCAAACAAGAUGCCCCUCCCAUAAGCAUUUAUUGUUAACCUUCAAAGCAUUAUGUCAAGUUAAAUGCGCAGAGCUAACUGAUGUUUUCUCCUUACCGUAAAUGAACAUGUGAUUGGUUCUGCUGUAGCUUGUCACACACUGCCUGACACCCAAUUAGAUGUUGACAAAAGGUUAUGUUCAGGCCCUCUUGCAUAGCAUUCUAACUCAUUGUGGAGCAUAGGCGACAGAAGCAACAAUCAAAUAUUAUAUUUACGCAUUUACAUUUUAAAGCCCUUGAAAUGCGUCAACAAAUCUCUAAUUCUGCCCCCAAAUGCACGUCAAAAUGUCUGGCUAUAAAUCUUCAUCCAGCAUUUGGUCAUCCUUUUCUAACCUCCUAUUCGAUUCAAGUCCCAUAAACCUUCAGUCCUUAUUAAAAUGUCAAAGAAAAGCGGUGGGCUAUAGUUAUCAGUCCCAUUUCUUUUCGAUCCAUUCUCAGAUAUUCAAUUCCGAUUGCCACUGGAACACUUUACCUUCCCUGUCAAAUACGGUACACAACACUAGCUGGUGGGAUGACCCCGAUCCGUAUCACCUAUUGCUCUGGUGGUAACAAAGCCAAGACAAGAUUAUCUAAUUUUAUGUUGCUAUUUAAUUUUGUAAGUGUAUUUUAUGCUUUAUUUUAUCUUUAACUUCAACAGGUUAUAAGAUGUUUUCAGUAGCGGUCAUAAUGUUCUAUCGAAUUCUUGGAAGUAAAUUCCGGAAGUUACUGGUAAUUGAUAACACUAAGACCCUUUUCUUUGUUAAUUUGUUUUCGUAAAGUACUUGAAUAUGCACGUUUAUAACUGUAUGGUUUUAUGAUUAUAAUUAAGCUGAUUAUACAAGCAAUAAAACUGGAAAGAGUGAA